AUGUUCGUGAUUCUCCGAGGCAGACAACUCAGGCUCCCGCCGGGAGUCUCAAUUUUGGCCGCCAGUCAAUUUUGGGCUUCUGCGAAUGCGGUCAUUUCCAGGCCGUUCACCACCAGGAGACCACCGCCAGGUGUUCGCGAAAACGACUCUGAGAAAUCCUUCACCUUGUCCUACCUCGUCAGCUCAUGCGGAUUGGCUCCAGAGGUCGCCGUCCGCGCCUCCAGUAAACUCCAGCUGAAAUCGCCGGAAAAACCAGACGCGGUCUUGAAUCUCCUCAGAGAGUACGGAUUCACGGCCGCCGACAUCUCUGUAAUGGUCACCCGGUGGCCGAGCGUUCUCUGUGCCUGCCCAGAAAAAACCCUUUUGCCCAAGCUCGAAUUUUUCACCUCCAUUGGCGUCCCCCUCCCCAUACUGGCCAGCAAGCUGUCCCGAAACCCUAACGUCUUAUGGUACAGCCUGAAGAACUCAAUAAUUCCCUCACACGAUUUCCUUAAAAACCUGCUCGGGUCGAAUGAGCUGGUAGUGCAAGUCUUUAAACGGUUUCCCCUGAUCUUCGGCUGGUGUCUGGCCGGCGACUUCUCGUCCAACCUCUCGAUUCUUGCGGCCCGUGGGGUCCCCUCAUCGUCUCUCGUCUCGCUGGUCACGAGACAGCCACGCGUGCUCACGGCUUCUCCAGAGAAGCUAUCCUCGCAAGUGGAUCGAGCAAUAGAAAUGGGGAUUCUCGUGUCCAAAGAUGCAUUUUUGAAGGCCAUUCAGGUUUUGGUGGGUUAUGAGGAGUCGACCCUUAAGCGCAAGAUGGAGGUUUAUAGACAGUGCGGCUGGUCGGAAUCCGACAUCAGAACCGCCUUUCUGAGUCAGCCGCUCUGUAUGGCCUUGUCCGAGAAGAAGAUAUUGAAGAGUAUGGCUUUUCUCGUUAAUAAAUUCGGGUGUGCACCGGGUGACGUGGCUCGGUGCCCUUUGCUUCUUGGGUACAGCGUUGAAAAGAGAAUGAAGCCGAGGUGGGCAGUUGCUAUGGUUUUGAGUGAGAAGGGGAUGAAGAAUGCGACUGUCAAGUCCUUGCUGACAGUGUCCGAGAAGACUUUCUUGAAGACCUAUGUUGAGAAGUACAAGAAGGAUAUUCCCCAACUUUAUGACAUUUAUCGAGAUAUUUCAAGAAACGCGAUACCCCUUCCCCCUAAAUCGCCAAAGAAGACGAUAUAUACUGAUACGCAUCUUCAAAUCCUCGUCUGCUCGUCAGCUCUAAGUCCUUUGAAUUCAAAAUCGAAUUUCAAAUCGAUGUUCGCGAUUCUCCGUGGCAGACGACUUAGGCUCCCACCGGAGCUUUCUAUCUUGGCCGCCCGUCAAUUUAGGGCUUCUGAAAAUGUGGUGUUUUCCCGGCCGUUCACCACCGGGAGACCACCGCCAGGUGUUCGCGAAAAUGACUCUGAGAAAUCCUUCACCUUGUCCUACCUCGUCAGCUCAUGCGGGUUGGCUUCGGACGCCGCCGUCCGCGUCUCCAGUAAACUCCAGCUGAAAUCGCCGGAAAAACCCGACGCGGUCUUGAAUCUCCUCAGACUGUACGGAUUCACAGCCGCCGACAUCUCUGUAAUGGUCACCCGGUGGCCGAACGUUCUCUCUGCCUGCCCAGAUAAAACCCUUUUGCCCAAGCUCGAAUUUUUCACCUCCAUUGGCGUCCCCCUCCCCAUCUUGGCCCACAAACUGUCCCGAACCCCUUCCCUCUUAUGGCACAGCCUGAAGAGCUCAAUCAUCCCAUCAUACGAUUUCCUGAAAAACCUUCUCGGUUCGGAUAAGGGGGUAGUUCAAGUCUUCAAACAGGCUCCCCAGUUCUUCGGUUGGAGCCGGGCAGACGACAUCUCGUCCAACUUCUCGUUUCUUCUGGCCUGCGGAGUCCCUCGGCCGUCUCUCGUCUCACUCCUCACGUACGAGCCAAGAAUGCUCUUGGCUCCUCAGGAAAAGUUAUCCUCGUGCGUGGAUCGAGCAAUAGAAAUAGGGUUUGACGUGUCCAGUAAUGCAUUUUUGAAGGCCAUUCGGGUUUUGGUGGGUUUUGAGGAAUCGACCCUUAAGCGCAAGAUGGAGGUUUAUAGAAUGUGUGGCAUGUCUGAAUCCGACAUCAGGACCGCCUUUCUGGGUCACCCGCUGUGUAUGGCCUUGUCCGAGAAGAAGAUUGCGGAGAGUAUGGGUUUUCUGGUUGAUAAAGUUGGGUGGGCACCAAGUGACGUGGCCCGGUGCUCUUGGAUUCUUGGGUACAGCCUUGAAAGGAGAAUGAAGCCGAGGUGGGCAGUUGCUGAAGUCUUGAGUGAGAAGGGGCUGAAGAAUGUGGCUAUCACGUCCCUGCUGACAAUGUCCGAGAAGAUUUUCUUGAAGACCUAUGUCGAGAGGUACGAGAAGGAUGUUCCCGAACUUUUGGACAUUUAUCGCGCUCUAAGUCCGUUGAAUUCAAAAUCGAAUUUCAAAUCGAUGUUCGCGAUUCUCCGUGGCAGACGACUUAGGCUCCCACCGGAGCUCUCUAUUUUGGCCGCCCGCCAAUUUAGGGCUUCUGAAAAUGCGGGGCCGUUCACCACCGGGAGACCACCGCCAGGUGUUCGCGAAAAUGACUCUGAGAAAUCCUUCACUUUGUCCUACCUCGUCAGCUCAUGCGGGUUGGCUCCGGACGCCGCCGUCCGCGUCUCCAGUAAACUCCAGCUGAAAUCGCCGGAAAAAGCAGACGCGGUCUUGAAUCUCCUCAGAGAGUACGGAUUCACAGCCGCCGACAUCUCUGUAAUGGUCACCCGGUGGCCGAAGGUUCUCUGUGCCUGCGCAGACAAAACCCUUUUGCCCAAGAUCCAGUUUUUCGCCUCAUUUGGCAUCCCCCACCCCAUCCUGGCCAGCAGGCUGUCCCGGAACCCUACCAUCAUAAGGCGCAGCCUGAAGAACUCAAUCAUCCCCUUAUACAAUUUCCUGAAAAACCUUCUCGGGUCGGAUAAGGGGGUCGUUAAAGUCUUUAUACAGGCUCCCCAGUUCUUCAGCUGGAGCCGAGCUGACGACAUCUCGUCCAACUUCUCGUUUCUUGUGGCCUGUGGGGUCCCUCGGCCGUCUCUCGUGUCAUUGAUCUCGUACGAGCCAAGAAUACUCUUGGUUCCUCAGGAAAAGUUAUCCACAUGCGUGGAUCGAGCAAUAGAAAUGGGGUUUGACGUGUCCAAUUAUGAAUUUAUGAAGGCCAUUCGGGUUUUGGUGGGUUUUGAUGAGUCGACAUUUAAGCGCAAGAUAGAGGUUUAUAGAAAGUGCGGCUGGUCGGAAUCUGACAUCAGGACUGCCUUUCUGAGUCAGCCGCUCUGUAUGGCCCUGUCUGAGAAGAAGAUUUUGGAGAAUAUGGGUUUUCUGGUUGAUAAAUUAGGGUGUGCACCAGGUGACUUGGCUCGGUGCCCUUUGCUUCUUGGGUUCAGCAUUGAAAAGAGAAUGAAGCCGAGGUGGGCCGUUGCUGAAGUUUUGAGUGAGAAGGGGCUGAAGAAUGUCGCUAUCACGUCCCUGCUGUCAAUGACCGAGAAGCUUUUCUUGAAGACCUAUAUAGAGAAGUACAAGAAGGAUGUUCCCGAACUUUUGGACAUUUAUAGAGGAACAUUAUUUUCAGAAUCUUGUUCAUUAUGUAACAGCUGUAAUCCUCUUCGACUGCAUAUACUGAAUACACAUCUUCAAACCCUCGUCUGCUCGUCGGCUCCCCAAGUCCGUUGA